AUGGCUGAGAAGACUUCAUACCGGAUUGCAUCUAUUCCCGGUGACGGAGUUGGCUUGGAAGUGGUGAAAGCGACCAUUGAAGUAGUCAACAAACUCGCGCAAACCCUCGGUACCUUUGAUAUUGAAUUCGAGCAUAUCCCGUGGGGAACAGACUACUACAAGCAACACGGUCGAUAUGUGUCCGAAGAUGCCUUAGAUAUUCUGCGGAAGUUUGACGCAGGUUUGUUCGGCUCAGUAGGGCAUCCAGAUGUCCCUGAUCAUGUCUCCCUUUGGGGCCUCCUCCUAGCCAUCCGCGGACCCUUACAACUCUAUGCCAACGUACGUCCCGUACGCACAUUUCCGGGUACCAAGUCCCCCCUUAGCACUGCAGCCGAGGGAAUCGAUUGGAUGCUUGUGCGAGAGAACUCAGAGGGCGAAUACUGUGGGCAAGGCGGAAUCAGUCAUAUCGAUCAGCCAUGGGAAACUGCGACGGAGGUGGCGAUCUUCACGCGAGUCGGCAUUGAGAGGAUCAUGCGUUUUGCCUUCGAAACUGCACGCUCGAGACCGCGCCGUCAUCUCACGGUGGUGACUAAGAGCAACGCCAUGCGAUAUGGCAUGGUGCUCUGGGACAAAAUAGCAGAGGAGGUAUCCAAAGACUUCCCCGACGUGACUUGGGACAAGAUGUUGGUAGAUGCCAUGACUAUCCGUAUGGUGAACAAACCGGAGUCACUGGACACUAUCGUGGGCACCAACUUGCACAUGGAUAUUCUGUCUGACCUUGCUGCUGGCUUAGCAGGGUCAAUUGGCGUGGCUCCCUCGGCAAACCUCGACCCUACUCGGAAGAAUCCUUCUAUCUUUGAGCCGGUACAUGGCAGUGCCUUCGAUAUUAUGGGGAAGGGCGUCGCCAACCCGGUGGCUACUUUCUGGUCUGCUGCCGAGAUGCUGCAAUGGCUGGGCGAAAAGGAAGCUGCGACGAAGUUGAUGGAAUGUGUUGAGAAUGUGUGCAGAGCUGGUAUUUUGACUGCUGAUCUUGGAGGCACGGCCAACACUCAGGGCGUUGUUGAUGCACCGAAUACAAGAUACAGUAUACAUCACUGCCGUCUAGAAUCUUACAUAGACGGGCAUCAUGCUCCUGCCAAGAUGCAGUCCCCAGUCUCCGCGUCUGGCCUGACGGAAAUCGGGUCCCUGACUGCCCACUCACGGGAAGAAAGUGAGUUUGUCGGCAGCUCCAGCGGCGUUUACUUCAUCAAGACAGUCCGACGGGCUUUCUCCCACAGUCUGGACCCAUUGGAUGCUUCGUCUUCCAGCCAGGGGUUCCCUCCUCCGGAAGAUACUCUAGUUGGCACGUCAAUGCCUGCCGCAACAUCGCCAACCGCUCAAGGGAAUAGCCAUGCCUUGCGACAAUGGAGAUAUGACCCCAGGGUGGCAGCAAUCCUGGGGAAGUUUCCACCACUGGAUACAGCUCGGGAGCUGAUGAUGAUGUACUUCAAAGUUUGGCAUCCGCUGUUCCCUUUCUUGCACGGUCCGUCGUUCUUGAACGCCAUGGAAGCGUUAUGCUCCGAACGUCAUCAGUCGGCCACCGAGGUUCUGCCUCUAGAGGAGCAUCGAAGUGCUUGCUGGACGACCAUCUUCCAAUGUGUCUUCAAUCUGGCUAGUCUACUGUGUCCAGAGAUUGACUUUCCUCGCGAAUCGCGCAUCGAGUCAUCUAACAGCAUGCAUGCUCUGCUUGGAACCCUAUCCUGCAGACAUGAUAUCGUCUCUGUGCAGGCGCUGCUCGCCUCUCAACUAUAUCUCGUAGCUAAAAUGUCACUUCGGACAGCCUCCACCGUCGGUGGCUGUAUGCUUCGAUCCAUACUGCAUGCGGGCCUUCAUCGUUGUCCAUAUCGCUAUAAAGAACUUACCUCUCAUGAUCGGCAGCUACGCAAGCGGAUCUUCUGGUCUGCAUACGCCAUCGAUCGAUACUUGAGUCAAACGCUUGGUCUGCCUCUUGGAAUCCAAGACUCCGAUAUUGACGUUUGCCCGCCUUUGGCUUCCGAGAUCCACAUCCCAGGUUCUUAUGAGAGGAUCAAUGCCAUCAGACGCGCCGUUACCCCCAGCACUGCAGGAUCCUCGCCCAUCUCUACAGAAGACCGUUUGCGCAGGUUCGAGAGAUCAGCGUAUGGUCAACAGCCACUGUCCGCAACACCAAGACAUUCCGCCCAAGACAACGAACAGCAUCGGCGAGAGCUCGUGUUCGCAAGUUACGUCGAGUCCGGGAAACUAACAGGGCGCGCGAUCGAGCUGUUCCACAAGUCCAUCCUGGUCCGCUCCGUCCCUCACAGCUCGGUGCUCUUCCUCAUCACCGACGUCCACAAGUGGUGGAAUAGUCUAUCCAUCGAGUCUCUCCAGCAAGGAGGGACCCAUCAACCUGUCCCACCACCACCACCACCACCACCACCACCACCACCACCCUCCUCCUCCGAGGAUCCCAACCCAGCAGCAACUGUCACGACAAACCCCAACGCCCCAUUCAACUUCGGCCCCUUCUUCACCGUCCUCUACCAACACCUCAUCCUCCUCAUCAACCGUCCCUCCCUCUCCCUCAACCCGUCUAGCCCGGAAUUCUGCUCCGGCCUGCAAACCUGCAUUGGCGCCGCCCGCGAGAUCCUCGCAGCCUUGACCACCCAGCAAGAAAGCGGACAGGCGUUCUUCUGGCCCGGGUUCCUGUCGGCCGCAUGGAUGUCCGGUCUCGUGCUCGCGUUCGCAUGUCAACUCCGCCAAUACGUCUUGUCCAAAGGAUCCCAAGAAAUCUCCAAAUGUCUCACCAUCCUCGAAAGCAUGGCCCACCAAUGGGAAACCGCCAAACAAUGCCACAAAUCCCUCUCCCUUCUCUCCCGCUACAUCCACCACCACCACCAUCACCACCAGAACAACACCGGUCCCACCGCCCGACGACCCUCAACCGAUACACCACCCAUCACGCGCAAACGCAACUUAGACAACCAUUUACAGCAAGCAUCAGACCUCUCAGGGAGCAGUCGACAUCGCAGACCUCCUCCACCUUCACCACUUCCCCCUUUUGGUGCAGCAGCAGCAGCAGCAAGCAACAAUCCCCCGUCAAACAACCGCCUGUCUGCCGACGGUCCCAUCACGACGACCACCGGGCCAGCCAACACCACGAAUAACAACAAUAAUGAUAAUGACGAGGGAAUUGCCCGACAUCCCACGGCCACACGCAACAGCAAUAGCCAGGUGGGAUUAUCGCUGGACCCAGGACUCUUGAGGGCAGACAAUUACGAUCGAUUCACGUGGGGCGACGAUGACGACCCCGGUUCCAUCGCGGGGUUCGCGGCCAUGGACGGCGUGGAUGCUGCGGACAUGAUGGAUCUAUUGCAGGGGAGCAAUUUUGACAACCUGGCGGAUAUGUUUGGACAGCAGUUCCCUACCUUCUAGAUUGAUGGAUGGCAUGCACGCCACGUGGGGUAUAUAUACUGUACACAUUCCUGGAUGCCUCCACGUGGGCAACGUGGGCAUCUGGUGAAUCUCAUGAUACUCAAACUACAAAACUUGGCUAGGAUAUUUUACU